UUAGAGCUACCCCGUAGCUUUCUUUUUCAUGGAACCACGUUUCUACCUCUGUUUCUCGUAGAUAGCAGCUCUUUAUACAAGCAAUUAGGACACGCCUUAGCCUUGAGCUAGGAAGGUAUGCCAGCUGCCUGUUACUGAGCCGACGACGUUCGUUGAAGUUCAGCUAUAAGAGAAUCGUUUGGGAUAAGUCUACUAGACCCCAUGCUAGUUAGCCCAUAGAAAUAUCGCCCAGCUGUUCGGAUUUUAGCUGAAGGGAACCCACAGAGUCGCUUAGGUACUCUCCAGUAUCUAUUUUGCUUAUAGAUAUAAGCUGAGAGCUCCAAAUCACCUACCUCGUCGGUCGUUUUCGCCUUCGCCUUCAACUUACCGCCACGCUCUUGAUACAGGAGUCGCUCGCUAUAGACGGACGGACGCUCGCUACAAAGACAUAUCCUAAAAUCGGAGCUCAUUUGACAUUCCGAGGCGCAGACAACCAAUUUAACAAAGCUCAUCUGCGCUAUAAUGGUUUUGGUCCGUCAGUUUGGGGCCUUGUCGGUCAUUGCCAUAUCUUGGCUCAUAAGAGCGCAAGCUUCUCUCUCCGAAGCGCAUUGGACCUACUGUAAACCGAAAACAGUUACCGAAACUUGUUACGAAACGAUCACGAAGACGAAGACGGCUACGAAGACGGCUACGAAGACGGCUACGAAGACGAAGACGGCUACGGAGACGACGACGGAGAUCUGCUACGAAACGGAAACUACUACAGUCUACGGCUUUACUACCAUAUUUGAUACUGUCAGUUAUAGUUACACGGUGACGGAUACAGUAACGGACACGGACACGGACACAAAGACAAAUACAGUAACAGACACAGUAACGGACACAGAGACGGACACAAAGACAGAUACAGAGACCGUUACCGACUCAAGGACCAUUACUACGUCUGUUACGCGUUUUAAUAACCAGACUAUUAUCACCACUACUACCGACGAGGAGACCACGACCGCUACAUUUACUGAUAUAGAGACCACGACGACAACUUAUACGUCUCUCGUACCUACUGUGACUACGGCUACUUUCACCUUCACAACCGAGGUCCCAACUACGGUUAUAUCCGACAGAACAUUGACCACGACUGAAUACAGCACGUCAACCUACACAACUAUCUCGGUAUAUACAACAAGCAUUCUGUCGACGCUCACGGACACCCUAACGACAACUGCUGUGUCUAUUUCAGCUUCAGCAACUACAAACACGCUAACGACAACUGUUGUGUCUGUUUCAGCUUCACCAACUACAGACACAGCUACCGUGACUGCAACUGAAGAGACUACAUCGUUCGUUACUGUAAUAUCUACUACUACGUUCCUCACCGUUUCGGAGAUCUCAGUUACCGAUUCGGUGGUAAGUACUACAUCCUUCAUUACGACGCAAUAUAUUACUACUAUAGUACCGGAGUAUAUUACCACUACAGUACCUCCAACAACCGUCACUUCGUCCGUCUGUCCCGCGGCGACUAACUCUCCCGGCUUCAACGUACCUGCUUACAACGCCUCAUCUGACUUGACUUGGGGAUGUCCACCUGGAACCGUCUGUUCUCCUCCAAAGCCGAAUGGGUGUAGUAUCUGGCCUGAUCUUCCGAAUGAACAAUACGUGUGCGAGAGCCAGAGCUAUUGUAUACCAGCACCAAUUUAUGCCACCGCCCAGUGGUGCGAUAAUGAAACAGGGUACUUUCCUCCUACGGAUGGCUACUUUAACCUUGCACCGCCAGCUUUCGGGUUAAGCUAUGGAAUAUUUGAUCCUCCCAAGCCCGAACCGCUCCUACUAACUACCUCGGGUAAAACUACCGUAACCUGGACCUCUACGGGCGACUAUGAAUCACAGACGAGUAUAACGGCAUACCCGCCCUCGAGCACGCCAGAGCCGAGUUAUCCAGGUUAUCCAGCGGCGAUAGUGCGGAAAUUCCUGGCUUUUAAUAAGCGCGACGAGACGUUACCAUCGACUUGCUAUUCCACUUGCAAUAACGCUGUUUUAGAGGCCCAGAGUACUGGAAAGGUACCCCAACUUUGCAGGACAGAUUCUGUAUUCAUGAGAUAUCGUCAAGUCUGCCAGAAGUGCAUUGUAGACAACAAGGGACGAUGGAAAGCUGGUACUAAGAACUACGCAGAGAGCAGCUGGGACCAAUGGCUCCAUUAUUGCGAUGUACAAAACCCUAGUCCUGUCUCUUCAAGCCAAAGUGCCCCUGAAGGAGAGGUCACAAGCACUCCUAGAGGGUCUACGGGUAGUGGAGCUCCUCCAAAUACCGCGACUGGUGUAGUUUCAAACACACCAACUUUCUCGGCCACGUCGUCUCCUACGCCUGAAACGUCGUCUUCUACGGCCGAAAGUUCUUCUAUAUCCGAGAGUACGUCUUCUUUCAGCUCUUCAGAAGGCACGUUUUUGCCUUCUUCUACUUCUAGCUUCUCUACGAGUGCGUCUCUUAGUCUAAGCUCGUCGAGGGGCUCUUCUCUUUCUUCUUCCAGCUCUUCAGAAACAUCUGCUCAUAUCAGCUCUUCCGAGAGCACAGCUUCCUCUACUUCUAGACCAACGGGAGGUAUAUCUUCUUCUGGUUCUUCGGGAAGCACAUCUUCUGGCUUUUCAGAGAGUACGUCUUCUUCUCUCAGCUCUUCAGAAAUCGGCACUUCCUCGUCUUUGGGAGCUAGCACCUCUACUGAGACGUCGAGUGCAACAAGCAUCAGCAGCAGCAGUGGAGAAUCUAACUCGACCCCAGCACCUGCUCCUACUUCGUCAGCAAGUGGCAGCACCACGUCUACGGCAACGCCUACUGUAACAUCGCCUGCUACAGUACCGGGUAGCACAACAGCACCAAACCCAGUUUCCACAGCUGGAGCGCCCGCCGUUUUGAACGGUGGAGCUACGUCUAAUUCCAUCCUCGCCCUUAUAUUAUUAUUCUUUCUCUGA